CACACACACCAACUCUUGCAUCAAAACACAUCAACCAAGAAUGUUGUGGACUACUAGUGUUCUAGCUUGGAUCUGCCUUCUUGUAGCCGUUGCGAAUGGCCAAUCCCCUGCGGCUUCGCCAUCAAGUACGCCUGUCGUCGUGCCCCCACCUUCGACCACCCCGGUUCCUCCAACUCAACCGCCACCUUCCACCCCUCCGGCUUCUACCCCAUCUGUCCCACCACCUCAAAUUCCACCACCACAACCUCCAGUGAGUCCGCCCGUCUCGGCCCCAUCUACCCCACCACCACCACUACCCGCCCCAACGCCGCCACUGCCCGCCCCAACGCCACCACCGGUUGCUUCACCGCCUGCACUAUCGCCUGCUGUGCCUCCACCAGCGGUCGCUCCAGCACCAGCCACCCCACCGCCAGCUCCAGUGGCUGCGCCAAUUCCUCCACCGCCAACGCCUGCACCGGCUCCACCGCCACCAUCGCCAGCUCCAGCACCGGUUUCGAUUUCACCAGCCCCAACACCGGACAUGAGUCCUUCCCCUGCACCAGCUCCAAAAAGACACCACAAAAGAAGGCAUAGGCACAAGCAUCAUCAUGCACCCGCACCCGCACCGGUGGUGGCUAAGAGCCCACCAGCACCACCAACCCCUACAGAUUCUGAUGACAGUGUACCAGCACCAUCACCAACACUUAAUCUGAGUAAUGCAAGAACUUUGUUUCUAAAGGGAGAAAGAUUUGGAUAUGUUGUUGCUGGUCUACUGAUUUUCAUGAUAUAAAGCAGCCUUGAGAAGAUGUUUACAUUUUCCACUUGUAACAUUACUCCAAAUUCUUUUUAAAUGUAUGAAUAAAGAUGAAAUUUCAAGCAUGAAUUUGGGUGAAA